AUGACACAAUUUGAUUUUGGGACUUUGAAGAGUAGAUACACCUCUUUUCUUUCUAGAAGAGAUGCUGCCAAGGAAUUGGUAAAAUUUUGGGAUAAUCCACCUGGACCUGGAGUCAUUGAAUUAGCUGGUGGUAUGCCCAAUGCUGGGUUUUUUCCAAUUGACUCAAUUGAUUUACAUGUUGUGAGUCACCCAUUCGAGAAGAAUCAUGGUAAGAACGGAUUAAAGGUCCAUAUGGAUAAGCAGGAACCUAAAGACAUGCCACUAUCAAUGUCAUUACAAUAUACAAACACUGAGGGCAUGGGCCCGCUAGUGUCUUUUGCCAAAAAAAUGAUUGAACGUAUCAAUCCUCCGGCUUAUGGAGGUUGGAACGUAUGCAUGGCAAACGGAUCUAGUGACGCCAUGUACAAAGUAUUUGAAGUUUUAUGUGAUGAAGAUAGUACCGUUAUGCUGGAAGAAUUCACAUUUUCACCGGUGAUCUCUAAUAUCAAACUACAAGGCGCCAGUGUUGUUCCUGUUAAGAUGCAGUUAUCAGCAGAUCCUGAACAGCAAGGUAUUGAUGUGGAUCGGUUGGCUGAUUUGCUAGACAAUUGGUCAGUUGGUCCUUACAAGCAUUUAAACAAACCCAAGGCAUUGUAUACUGUGGCCACAGGUCAAAAUCCAACCGGUAUGACAUUGUCACCUACCAAGAGAAGACGUAUCUAUGAAAUUGCUCAAAAGCACGAUUUCCUAAUAGUGGAGGAUGACCCAUACGGAUACUUAUUCUUCCCACCAUAUAACCCUAAGGAACCAAUGAAUAACGCUUACUGGGAUGAUAAGUCGUUGACUGUUCAAAAAUAUGUUGAUGACUAUUUGGUCAAGAGUUUUUUGACAAUUGAUACAGAUGCAAGAGUGAUUAGAUUAGAGACUUUCUCCAAAUUGUAUGCGCCAGGUUUAAGAUUAAGCUUUGUGGUUGCUAAUGAAUUUCUAAUAGAACGUAUUUUCAACAUGAGUGAGGUUACCACCAGAGCCCCUAGUGGUGUAUCUCAAGCACUGGUUUAUGGGGUGGUUAAAGAGAUGGGUAAAAAGUACAGUUCUGAAUCCGAGCCAUCGCUGGAUUCUAUGGUCACCGGAUGGAUGGAAUGGCCGAUGAAGGUUGCCGGCUAUUAUACGCAUCGUCGUAACGUUGCAUUUAAGGCAUUGUAUGAAACUGAAGGUUACAGCAAGGGCCUUUACCAGGUUAUGGAACCAUCGGCAGGUAUGUUUAUCGAUUUAAAGCCAUGUUGGCCUCAAAAUGAAUUGUCUAGACCUGACCAUUAUGACCUCAUCAUUGAAAAGAUGGAUAAAUUAAACCAAACACUGCUGAAGACUGGCGUUCAAGUGGUGCUUGGUUAUAGAAUGGCAGUCGACGUGAAAGCCUCCAAGGAUACUUGCGAUUUUGUGAGAAUCACCAUUGCCUAUGCUAAUGAUGAUCAGCAAAUCGUGGAAGCGUGCCACAGAAUUGGUAAGGGCUUCGAAGCAUACUUUUCGCAUAUAUGA